GCGCAACCGACCGACAAGUUCUUCGGCUGCCUUCCGUGGAAGACCACCAAGCCCAGGCAGCAUGUCUGCGAGGAGAAGGGCUUGCACGCCGUGCAGGACCCGGACGGGAAUGUGUGGCUCGUCUGUUUUAACGUUUCGAAGGUCAUGGGCAUCGACCUCGAGUUCGAUAGCAUCCAGGCCUACUUAGAGCACAUCUUUGGCAACCCCACUAAGGCGCGGCACGCGGUUUUCAUGACGGCCAGGCAGAACUGGAUAGACCAGCACAACGCCGACCCGAGCACGGUCAAGCUCAGGACCGAGGCCGCGUUGAGGGCGUUCAAGCAGUUGUUGACGAAGGCGAAGAGCGGCCACAGGUUGACCAAGCCGAAAAGGAUGUUCGUGGAGCUCGCCCAAUGCAUCGAGGACUUCGAGCGGGCCCCCGCCGACGACGAGAUCGACGAGGAAAUCGCUGACGGGGUCGUGACUCGGGGCGUGUAUCUUCUCGCGCCUGGAGAGAAGAAGGGCUACCACCACGUCGAGGGUUACGUCGACAAGCAGACGGAGCAGAGGACGCUCGUGGACGAUGGUGAGCAGGCUCUGUCGGACACCCAAGUAGAACAGAAGUUCCAGUUGGCGCUCAAGGCGACGAAGGAGAAACAUGACAAGCAGGACAAGAAGCUCGCCAAGCAGCCGACGAUGGACCACCCUUUGCUGGGCAUCCUCCAGGCUUGCAGCUUGACUUCCAGCGGCAGAGAUGGCCCGAAACGCGUUCUCCAGGGCGGCGAGGGCGACGACGGGGAUAGCGACGACACCAGCGAGGCCUCCAAGGGGAGCGACAGCGAGCAGCAGCAAGAGAGCGACACGUCCGACGACGAGAACCUCCGCGCCUCCAGCGGUAAUCCAUUCGCAGCGCUGCAGGCGUCUGGCUCGGCGGCCGCGCUGAAGACCGCCGCCGCCGCUCGCCCUGCUUCGUCGAAGCCCAAGCCCCCGGCGUCAGAGGCGGGCGGUUCCAAGAAGGGCGGGGAGGCUUCGUCGGUGGCCGGGCGCUCCCCCGCCACCAAGAGGACGGUUGCGGCUCCAGUCGACGAGGCGCAGCCAGCGAAGAGGGGCAGGGGAAGGCCGCCGACUUCCAUGGUGAACGCGACUGCUACAGGCGCCGCGGCGGUCGAGAGUUUGAUUGCCGAGGUGUCCAGAUUGGCCACAGAAAGCUCGUCUACCCUCACGUUCGGCGAGACGCACGACUUGAGCAACAAGGAGGAGCAGAAGGCUUGCAAGGCGAUCUUGGUCAAGAAGAAGGCCGAUGCACUGAAUAUCGAGAAGUCGGUCAGCGCCUUGAAGGCGCGCCUUGGCAAGCUCGCGACUGGGUCGGGCUUGGACAUGGCAGAUGCCCUGAGCGACUUGGGCGUCAUCAUGGACACUAGUCGGCCAAGCAGCUCAUCGCGGCGAUGA